AUCUGUCGGACUCGUCGUUUCCACGCCCCCUCCUCUCACCCCCAUUGUGGACGAUCUCAGCCGGCCACACUCAUGCAGCCAGACUUCCAGGAGUUUGCGGAGCGGCCAGGCCAAGCUUUUAAGAGAAAACAAAUCUCUUCCAUUCAUGGAUCUAUGUUUUCCUCCUCGGGUAUUUUGAGGACGGACAAUGUUUCGUGUCGACCGGCAUUUUGGAGCGUCAUCCCAGAGGGAAAGGCUACUCGUCCUCCGCAGCACAAAGUUGUAAAAAAGUAGUGCCCGUCUUUCACUCGCUCACAGUCGGCGCUGGUCCCACUUGAAGAGUCCUGACUAUCAUGGCGAGGCGGAGCAGGUACUGCGUUUGGCGUUCGACGCCGAAGUCGAGCGCUCCUUUCCGGGAUACGCUGAUCGGUCUUCGCGGGAGCGUGACUGCUUGUUUGUGGAGCUUCGCGUUUCUCUGCUCGGCUCUUUCUUUUGGAUUAUGUCGAAGCGACGCGGAGUUUUCCAUUCUGGAAGAAGCACAAGUUUUGUCCGAGCAGAUGAAGAAGCUCUCCACACAGGAGCUUGGAGUCUUUACUAUGCAGAGGAUUUUCAACUCCUUUGUGUACACCGAGAAGACAUCAAACGGGGAGACAGAAGUCCAACAGCUAGCCAAGAAGAUUCGGGAGAAGUUUAACCGCUACCUUGAUGUGGUGAACAGGAACAAACAGGUGGUGGAGGCCUCGUACACGGCUCACCUCACCUCUCCUCUCACUGCAAUACAGGACUGCUGCGCCAUACCAACAUCUAUGAUGGAAUUUGAUGGAAAUUUCAACACCAAUGUAUCCAAGACCAUCUGCUGUGACAGACUCUCGCCAACAGUGAACAGCCGAGCUUUCAACCCCGGAAGAGACCUCAACUCAGUGUUGGCAGACAACCUGAAAUCCAACCCAGGGAUCAAGUGGCAGUAUUUCAGCUCCGAGGAGGGCAUCUUCACUGUGUUCCCGGCCCACAAAUUCCAUUGUAAAGGAAGUUAUGAACAUCGCAGCAGACCCGUGUAUGUUUCUGCAGUACGACCGCAAUCUAAACAAGUUGUUGUGAUGGUGGAUCACGGCGCAUCUGUUACUGAAACUCAACUUCAAAUUGCCAGAGACUCAGCGUUGGUUAUCCUGAACGCAAUAGAUGAACAUGACAAGAUUGCCGUUCUGUCAGUGGCAGAAAUGGUCCGCUCCUGCUCUCUGGACCAGUGCUAUAAGAGUCUUCUUUCUCCAGCCACCAGUGAGACAAAGAGGAAGAUGAGCACCUUCAUCUCAAACAUCAAAUCCUCUGAUGGGACAACACAACAUGCAGCAGGGUUCCAAAGGGCUUUUCAGCUUCUUAGAAACACCAGCACCCUCAGCAAGCAGAGCACCAGCACAGACAUUGUUAUCAUCUACCUGUCCUCUGGGAUUACAUCUCGAGAGUCAUCAGAGCAGGAAAAGAAAGCAACCCUCAGUGUGGUCAAAGAAGAGAACAGACACUUCAACAACUCCGUCAUGAUCCUCACGUAUGCACUCAUGAAUGAGGGAAUAACAGGUCUGAAGGAGCUGGCCUUCCUACGAGACCUCGCAGAGCAGAAUUCAGUGAAGUAUGGCGUUGACCGCUUUCCUGUGGCUUCCUCAUCUGGAUCAGCCGCAGCUCCCAUGAUGCCUGUUGUGAAGGGCAGCAUGAUGGUCCUCAACCAGCUUAGCAACCUGGAGACCUCAGUGGGCCGCUUCUACAUCAACUUGCCCAACCGUAUGAUCGACCUCGUCCGGUUCAGUCUGCCUUAUGUUGACCCAAUGGGAGACGGUUUUAUUAUGACUGUGAGUCGGCCCUGUUAUUUCGGGAACCUGCUCCUUGGUGUGGUCGGAGUGGAUGUAAACCUUGCCUACAUUUUGGAGGAUGUCACGUAUUAUCAAGACUCUCUGGCUUCAUACACAUUCCUCAUCGACAACAAAGGUUAUACCCUGAUGCACCCAUCAUUGACGCGGCCUUACCUGAUGACUGAGCCUCCUCUUCACACAGACAUUAUCCACUAUGAGAAUAUUCCUGGAUUCCAUGUUGUACGAAGGAACAUCCUCAACCUCCCACUGGGCAGCCAGGUCAUCGCUGUUCCAGUCAAUUCAUCUUUGUCCUGGCACACUAACCGACUCCGAGACAACAGCAAAUUUGCGUACAAUGUCAGCUACGCUUGGAAGUUGGUUCAGGACACGUCGUUCAUCUUGUGCAUAGUGUACGUGCAGCCAGAGAUUCCAGUGAAACACCUCAAAAACCUCAACACCGCUCCCAGCUCCAAGCUCCUGUACCAUCGUUUAGACCUAUUGGGUCAGCCCAGCUCUUGCCUCCAUUUUAAACAGCUUGCAAGUGUUGAAUCCCCCACAGUGAUGCUGGCAGCUGGUAGCUUCUCAUCUCCCUAUGAGCACCUCAGUCAGCCAGAAACAAAGCGCAUGGUGGAGCACUACACGGCCUACCUGAGUGAUAACACUAGGCUCAUCGCCAACCCGGGCCUCAAGUCCUCUGUCAGGAACGAGGUUAUGGCAACCAGUCACGUCACGGAUGAGUGGAUGACACUAAUGGAAAUGAGUAGCCUCAACUGCUACAUUGUGAGGCGUUACAUAGCAACGCCCAGUGGGGUGCUUCGGAUUUACCCAGGAUCAUUGAUGGACAAAGCCUUUGACCCGACCCGCAGACAAUGGUACCAGCAUGCUGUUGCUAACCCGGGCCUCAUCACCUUCACUGGGCCUUACUUGGAUGUGGGUGGCGCCGGCUAUGUUGUUACCAUCAGCCACACUAUCCAUACCUCAAGCUCUCAGAUGUCCCCUGGCUAUGCAGUUGCAGUGAUGGGUAUAGAUUUUACCCUACGCUACUUCUAUAAAGUUCUAUUGGAUCUUCUUCCCAUUUGCAACCAGGACAAGGGAAACAAGAUCAGGUGCUUUAUAAUGGAGGACAGAGGUUAUCUGGUGGCCCAUCCCACUCUCAUCGACCCAAAAGGCCAUGCCCCUGCUGAGCAACAGCACAUCACACACAAGGAGCCUUUGGUUGCCAAUGACAUACUGAACCAUCCCAACUUUGUGAAGAAAAACCUAUGCAACAGCUUCAGUGAUCGCACUGUGCAGCGCUUCUACAAGUUCAACACUAGCAUCAUGGGGGAUUUGACCAACCUUGUCCACGGCAGCCAUUGCUCUAAGUAUCGUUUGACCCGAAUACCUGGCACCAACGCCUUUGCCGGUAUUGUCAAUGAGACUUGUGAUUCUUUAGCUUUCUGCGCCUGCAGCACAGUGGAUCGCCUUUGUCUCAACUGCCACAGAAUGGAGCAGAAUGAGUGUGAGUGCCCAUGUGAGUGCCCUCUGGAGGUGAAUGAGUGUACUGGUAACCUUACCAAUGCUGAAAACCGAAAUCCUAGCUGUGAGGUUCAUCAGGAACCAAUCAGUUUGAAUGUGAUCGAUCCCAGUCUUCAGGACACACUCCCUCAAUGUAUCAACACCCGCUGCAGCCAGAGAUACAGUAGCAGCGACUGCUUUGGUGUUUUGGACUGUGAGUGGUGCAUGGUGGACAGCGAUGGAAAGACCCAUCUAGACAAGCCAUACUGUGCCCUACAGAAGGAGUGCUUUGGGGGUAUUGUCGGUGCAAAGAGUCCUUAUGUCGACACCAUGGGCCUCCUUGAUGAAGAGGUGACAUCUCUGAACAUGAUCAAGAGUGCCCCUGUGGGUCCAGUUGCUGGGGGUAUUAUGGGAUGCAUCAUGGUGCUGGUACUGGCUGUUUAUGCGUACAGACAUCAGAUCCACAGGCGCUCUCACCAGCACAUGUCGCCACUGGCGGCACAAGAAAUGUCAGUGAGAAUGUCCAACCUGGAUAAUGACAGAGAUGAGAGGGAUGAUGACAGCCAUGAGGACCGAGGCAUAAUAAGUAAUACUCGAUUUAUUGCUGCGGUGAUCGAGAGGCACACCCACACUCCAGAACGUCGACGGAGGUACUGGGGCAGAUCUGGCACAGAGAGUGACCAUGGCUACAGCACCAUGAGUCCUCAAGAGGACAGCGAAAAUCCAUCGGGCAACAACGACCCGCUUUCGGCCGGCGUCGAUGUCGGUAUCCACGACGACGACCUGGAGCUGGACACCCCCCCUCAGACGGCAGCCUUACUUAGCCACAAAUUCUACCCUUACCGGCACACCCACACACACCAUCACCCGCUGCACACGCACCACCUCCAAGCGGCGGUCACCGUUCACAGUGUGGAUGCGGAGUGCUGAUCCGCCAUUGGGAUGGAAUUUCAGAAACAUUAUUUAGACACUCCACAACAAGCUCGUCGCCGUUGCCAGUAACUCCUCCCCUCCCUACCCCACAGACCUGAACGCAACGUGUGUUUUACACAAAGUGAAAAUUAGCAAGCGUUCUUUUUUACUUUGUUUUUUUGAAGGAAUCGGGGCUUCUGGACUCGUUUAAGAGAAAUCUUAAAAAACAAAUAAAGCACAUUUCCGGGGAUGUUCGUCGGAUCAUCCGCUGGCUAAAAACUCGUGAAGCUUAAUUUCCCCGUGGAGGGACAACAUGGACACGAAGCAGCGGAUUUAUCUGAAACUGAGCCACAAAGUUCUUAGCUGCCAUCACUGCUGGUUGACAGGACCACCUCUUAUCACCUCUGACUGUAUAAUCUCAUCCAUAUUCAUCCAUUUUACAAUGGAAAAAAUAUAUUUCACUCAUUUACAGACCAAGAAAAAAAUCAGUUAAAGAUAAAAAAAAGUAUUUAUUCAUGAUUGCCAGACAGAUGAAAGACCUGCGUGCAGUCAUGAUGUGAUAUUUAUCUACACCCCCAUCUAUACACACACACACACACACACACACACGCACACACAUUUUGGGGUCUCAUUGGUAUGUAAACAAUGAGCCCUAAUCUGGUUCUGUGUGAUUGCAAGCCAUUUGAGCAUGUAUUAGAUAUCCAUUUUAAAAUUCCAUGUACUAAUCCACUCUUUGUCUUCCCUCUUAAGAAUAUUCAGUACACUAGUAGUUUUACAGGUAGUUUUUUUUUUUCCUUCUCUACAACUGCAUACUUUGUAGAGCAACCAGAUGUUACUGGAUAGACAAACCUGUACACACGUUGACAAAUGUGUGCUACUGGUGAGAAAUUACCAAUGGUGUCGGUGUUGUCUACUAGUGAGGACAAACUAUGUACUAGUACAUGGACUUAAAGAUGGCUAUCAAGGAUAGCGAAUAAAUGCUCAAACGACUUUCCGUACUUCAACUGGAACUUUUUUCUGGAUGGGACAUUCUUUCCGUGUUCUCUCACAACAAGAAAGUUGGCAGCCUUUGCAGUGUCACUACCAUAGCCGGUACAAGUUCAGCAGAACCAAACGCUGGUGGGUUUUCACUGUUUUCUGACACCUGGGGAGACUUUUGGUGUGUGUGCAGAAUUUUACCGGUCUUAGAAAUUCAGAAAUGCCCCAAGUUGAAAAUUGUUGUUGAAGAAGAAUGGGAGGGGAUUUGCUGCUGUUUUACUGAGGAGAGGCCCGUCUGCCAGCUCUUCUGUGGUUAACCACUCAAAUGUGUUUUUUUUUUUUUUUUUUGUGGACGUUUCUCUUUAUGUGGUUGCUGAUACACACAAGAAGAAUGACGGCAAGAGCUUUUGUUUACUUUUUGUUAGCGUGCGUGCAUUUUGAUUGUAUUUUUCCUCAAGGUAGAGAAAAUAGUUGAUUAAUCCACUUCGAUUUUUUUUUCCUCCUGAUGAAGUCACACAACCCAAUCUGCGCUCAGUGGCCUCGAUUGUUUGUGCGAUCGAACUUUGACUUUUUGGUACAGAGAUACUUUAUGAAGUGUAAAGGGAGAGUCAUAACUAGCUACCAUGGCAUUUUUUUGUUGUUGCCAAGUAAUCCUCAAACGAUCUUCUGAUAAUCAGGUCGAUAUGGAAGUGUGUGUUCACGGUGUCUUGCUAUAUUUUGGAUGCCUUGUUAAUAAUGUUUUAGGGUUCAUUUUUGUUUAGGUCCAUAUUGGAUGGAAGUUAUUACAUGGAAGAUUUCUUUUUCAUAUGAGGUUUUCAAAAGUUUUAAGGUGUUUUGUCAGAGCUACAAAAGCUUAUUGUGGAGAGCGGUACAUUUUUACGCAGACCAAGAACUAAAGCAAUGAGCAAUGCAAGCCCGACAUGCUACAUUAAUUUUCAUUACUGUAGUGUGCUUCCAGAAUUAGAAACACAAUGCGAAUCCGUCAAACCAGCAAGGAGGUCGAUUAGUAUCACACCAAUGAGAAACCAAAAAAAAAAAAAAAAUACUGCAAGACUGAAUCACACAGUUUGUGAUUUUCAUGAUAAUAGCAUUGUAUUUAAAAUCAUCUCUAAAGUGAGAUGCAAGAAAAUGAAGAAAAAUGGUAAUUUUAUGAGUAUAGUCGCAAUAUUAAGAGCAUGAACUGAUACCUGCACACAUUAAAUUACAACUUUUCCCUCAUGAUAUUAGACUUUUCUUUGUUACACACAAACACUUGUCUCUUAAUAUGAUGAUUAUUCUCAUAACAGUCCCCCUAGUACAUCUUUGUACUCUCGUAAUAAUAGCUACCCGUUUCUUCCUGAAUAUUAGACUAUUCUUGCUCAUUGAAUGCUUUGGCUGCAGUUUACUUAAGUCAUAGUUCCAGUCCAGGCAGAUGUAUUGGAAAAUUCUGUUUUUUUGUUUCCAAAUCAUUUUAAACUCUUGUCUUUGGGCAUUUUUUCCCCUGGAAAGUGUCAGUUUUAAUUUUUUACCAGCUGUUUAUAUGUCCUGUGUGCGAGUCUACAGACAUAACAUUAAAUCAUGUACUGAAGGAUGUGCAUCACUCCCCAAUGUACUGUGUCAUAAAAAUUUAUCAAC